AAUUGAUAAGAGAUACCCUUUCUUCUUAUGAAGAGGCCUGCGUAACCAGGUACGGACUCGUGCGUGUAGGAGUAUACGAAGUAGAUGCUGACUUGGGAACCCAAUUGGUCUGGGGUUGAACGCCUGCUGAGGUUGUUUAAAAGACGGCUACAUCUUCCCCCGGACCAAAAAAAAAAGUCGCGAUAUUAUAUCCUCAUCCCCCCCUCUUUCAUCUGACGGGGGCCUUUUCAUCAGCUCAUCACCAAGUUGCUACGUCCCACCACCACCACCUUUUACACAUUUAUUACCACUUGCACGUCAUCCUCACCCCCAGCCCCAGACACACGCCCGACACGGCACAACACAACGCAGCACAACACUAUCUCUCUCAUACACACACACACACACACACAUACACAUACAUACAUAAAAGACUAAAGCAAAGGAGCGCAGCGCAGCCAUGCCCCCCUCCAAUAAGCCCUACGACCCAGCCGAGCACCUCGCCGACGCGUACCGGUCCGCACGGCUGCAGUACCUGCGGGCCGACGCCGACGACGCGCGCUUCCUCGAGUUCGUGCCGCUCAUCGAGCAGGACCCCGUCACGCAGGCGCACGCCUCGCCCACGGUGCUGCAGCCCAAGGGCCGCCGGCAGUUCGACGAGUACGCGGCGGGGGUGGCGGCGUCGCUGCUGGGCGUCAUGAUUUGCUUGCUGCCGGAGGAGGAGGAGGCGCGGCGGAGGGAGGAGGAGGGCGAGGGCCACGACGAGGGGGAUGGGGAGGGAGACGAUGAGGAGGAGGGGGAGGAGAAGGAUGGUGACAACAAAGACCAGCAGCAGCAGCAGCAUCCGCGACAAAAAGACACACCACAGCAAAAGAAACAGAAACAAAAGGGAACCACGAAAGCACAAUCAUCAUCAAACACAAACACUACAACGCGCAGCCAUGGUAAAAAGACGCCCGCGCCACCCACCAUCGUCGGCGUCAUCUGCCUCGGCUGGGGCGGCGUCAACGCCUCGACGGCGCACCACCGCGGGUCGCACAUCGGGGUGAGCCUGGCGGCGGCGCACCAGGGGCGCGGGUACGGGCGCGAGGCCAUCGACUGGACGCUGGACUGGGCGUUCCGGCACGCGGGCAUGCACACGGUGGGCAUCACGGCGGCGAGCUACAACGCGCGGGCGUGCGGCCUGUACGAGCGCAUGGGCUUCGUGCGCGAGGGGCGCCGCCGCGAGACGAUCUGGAUGGACAGGGGGUGGCAUGACGAGAUUGAGUUUGGGAUGACGGAGGGGGAGUGGGAGGUGCUGAGGGGGAGGGGGAGGAACGGAGACGGCGGGAAGGGUAAAGAUGAGGAGAGAUGAGGGUGGUGGUGGUGAUGAUGAUGAUGAUGAUGGUGGUGAGGAUUAUAUAGAUAUACGGGGUAGGGCCCUAGGUAUCUACUCCAAGAGAAGAAAAGUGAAAGUAGCCUCAACCCCUCCUUUCUGAUGGUAGGGCGGCACACAGAAAUGU